AGAAAUGCACACGUGUUGUGUCUUGUAGGAAACAAACACUCCCCCAUUGAGGACUACAACUGAUCUAUAACUGGGCUAAUAACUCACCAACGAGCAAAGAAUAUGAUCUCAAAACAGCUCAUCUACUCACGACCGCUGAUUCUGUAAAGACAGUCACGUUCAACGUGAAGGCACAGUAUGGAGAAGAGCCAGUAUGGACCCCCCCAGGACUUGUCUGCUCCCCCCUACCCAGGCCCCCCGGCGGGCUACCAGGGAAGUGGGGGGGGAACAGCCUACCCCUCUCAGCCUGGCUUCCAGGGAGGUCCCCAACCCGGCAUGUACCCACCACCUCCCCAACCCGGCAUGUACCCACCACCUCCCCAACCCGGCAUGUACCCACCACCUCCCCAACCCGGCAUGUACCCACCACCUCCCCAAUACGGCACGGGCAUGGCACAACCUACAAACGUCCCCAGCGUAACCCAGGUGGUGAUGCAGCAGCCGCUGCCAAGAGACGUACCCGGCCAGAUGAUGUGUCCCCACUGUCAGGUCCCGGUUCUGACAGAGACCACACACGCCACUGGACUGCUCACCUGGGUCAUCUGUGGAUCACUCGGCUUCUUCCUGUGCUGGCCAUGCUGUUUGAUUCCGUUCUGUGUUGACUCCUGUAAGGACGUAGAACACCGCUGCCCCAACUGCAGGAAAUUGAUCCACAUCCACAAACGCAUGUGAACAGACCUAGAUGAGACACCUGCCACAAAGUGAUCCACAUCCACAACUAGCCCCAGCCCACAGCCACUGCUGCCACAAAGUGAUCCACAUCCACAACUAGCCCCAGCCCACAGCCACUGCAGCCACAAAGUGAUCCACAUCCACAUCCACAACUAGCCCCAGCCCACAGCCACUGCUGCCACAAAGUGAUCCACAUCCACAACUAGCCCCAGCCCACAGCCACUGCUGCCACAAAGUGAUCCACAUCCACAACUAGCCCCAGCCCACAGCCACUGCUGCCACAAAGUGAUCCACAUCCACAACUAGCCCCAGCCCACAGCCACUGCUGCCACAAAGUGAUCCACAUCCACAUCCACAACUAGCCCCAGCCCACAGCCACUGCUGCCACAAAGUGAUCCACAUCCACAACUAGCCCCAGCCCACAGCCACUGCAGCCACAAAGUGAUCCACAUCCACAUCCACAACUAGCCCCAGCCCACAGCCACUGCUGCCACAAAGUGAUCCACAUCCACAUCCACAACUCCUCAUGAAAAUAGAAAUAUCUGAAAUGACUACUGGAAGACCAGCUUAACAUUGACUAGUGUCAGUGUGUAACAAGCUAAGGCCACUUCUAGCAGACUCUUUACACUGAUUGUAAUAUAUGUUUUCUUUCAUUCUGUGAAUCUUCAUGUUAGACAGAAAGUAGGAUUCUAUUUGUAUUGACGUUGGUAUUGAUUGGUUGUUGGGUUUUUUAAAGAGACAGUCCACAGUUGAAACAAUAAAAAAGCUGAACCCUG